AUGAGUGAACAAUUUGAGUUAGAUGUCGUUAACAUCUUCGAGAGGAACCCAACUCCAGAAACUGAAGCUGAUGUUGUACUAGUCGGCCAAACAUCAUCCAAUCUACUUCCACAAAGACAUGUGGCCCCAACACUAUCAUCUUUAUCGACAUUAUCAUCUCCAUCAUCCCCAUCAUCACCGCCGAGCAAGCCAACUACAUUACAGACGAGUGAAGCCCCCAGCGACGUGGAUAUACAUUUCAACGGAGAUUUGGUAACUGCAUCAACAGCUGUAACAUUGACAACAUUACCAGUUACAGCAACAACAACGUUGAUGAUCAUGAGGAAUGAUUACAACUCCACAAAUGACUAUAUUGACAUUAAUAACAAUAACAUUGUCGACACUGAUCGACAGAUUGUUUCAUCAUCAACUGCAGUUUACAUUCAUCCAAUGAUUACAGCCACAACAACAACAUUAAUAUCAGCAACAGCAACAACAUUUUCAACACUGUCUGCAUCAAUAGCACAUUUUACUUCGCAAACAUCGCCAACGAUGGCAUCUUCAUGUACCUCAUUAUUGUCAUUAACAUUGCCAUCUACAUCAUCUUCGUCGUCAUCAUUGACAUCGUCAAAUUUUUUGUUGACUUCUUCACAAUCUUUAAUUUCAACAAAAACAUCAUCAACAUCUUCACCAUUAUCAGCUACGUCAUCAACAACAACAUCACCUGACCUCAACUUAAGCAAUAUCUCCCCACUCACUUAUUACAACAACAACAGCAACAACGUCAACAACAACAACAGCACGACAUCAGUUGGUAUUAACAAAAAGAAACAGAAAAACCUCAAUGACAUCAUCAUCAAAAUGCUCAAUGACAAUGCUAAAUCAACAAACAACAACGUCAACACUGUUGAGGAUAGCAUCAACAACAUCAACAACAAUGACAACGUCAAUGUAGCUGAUAACAACAACGACAAUGUUAAUGUUAUCAACGACAUUCAAAAUCAACCUAACAUUAACGACGACAACACUCUUAUUACUAGCAACAAUGAAAACAACAAAAAAAUUAUUGAUGUCAGGGCCAGUGAUGACGAUAGACAUAUUGAGGACGGUGCUAAUUUUAAAAAUCAUUGCCACUCAGCCGAAUUUUAUCUACAUAAUAAUACCUCCUUAAUUGGACAUAUUACUACUAAUACUACUGCUGCCACUACAUUUACUGCUACUACUGCUGCUGCUGCUGAGUCUGUUGCUUUGCCUGGUGCUACUACUGAAAAUACUUGGAGUACAAUUGCUACUUUUGCUGCUGCUACUUUUACUACUGCUAAUUCAACUACUGCUACUACUGAUUAUGUUGAUAACCUCAGCCCUUCUUCUACAAUUGCCACUUUAUCUUUUAUUACUUCUACUACAACAGAUUCAGCUAUUACUUCUAAUACUGCUCUUACUACUUUAAAUGUUCUAGAUGCUGAAAGUAAUUUUGUUGAUGCUACCACUGCCGCCACUACUACUACAACUGCUGCUGCUGCUACUUUUAGUAACGCUAUUGCACCUAGUAAUAGUAAUGAUAAUAUGGAUUAUGAGGGUGAUGACGACGACGACGAUGAUGAUUAUGGAAAUUUAGAAAUCCACGUUGAUGAUUGUAGUGAUGAGGAUGAUGAAGAAGAAAAAGAGGAUGCUGAGGUUGUUACUGCUGCUGACAAAAAUGAUAACAUGAAACAGUAUAAAUCUAUCAGUUGCCUAACUGAUGAUGUAAAAGAUGGUGAUGGUGAUGCUGGUAUUGACAGUAAUGACGAUAAUGGAAUUGCAUCUAGGUGUAAACUUAAUAACCAUAACAUCGUAAAUGACGAUGAUGAUAAUAUAAAAGUCAGUGAUGGCGCCAUUAUCAGUGACCAUGAUGAUGAUGAUGACAAUAAUAAUAAUAAUAAUAAUAAUGAUGAUGAUGAUGAUGAAGAGAGAAACAGUAAUAUAAAUGGUAAAGACCAAACAUCUUUAAUGACGGUGAGGAAGAUUGCUGUUGAUCCAAAACUUGAUGAUGCUAAUGACGAUGAGGACGACAACGAUGAUGACAUUGGUGAUUGUGAUGAUAACACCAAGAAUGACAUUAAUAAUAAUAAUGAUGAUGAUGAUGAUGAUCGUAAUUGUCAUCAGAAGAAUGAUAAACAUAAAAUAGAUGAGGGUAAUGAUAAAAAAGAUGAUGAUGAUAAAAAUGUUGAUGGUGAUGAUGAUUAUGAAGAUAAUGAUGGUGUUAUUAUUAAUAAUGAGACUUUAAAAAAUGUUUCUGAAAAAAUUCCUGAUGAUGAUGAUGAUAGUGUUUGUGAAAAGACCAGGUGUAAUUCUAUUAUUAAUUCCACUGUUGCUGCUGCUGAUGAUGAUGAUAAUCACAACAACAAUAAUGAUAAUAAUUAUAUUAUCCAUGCUGAUGAUGACAUAAAUUCAACAACAUUGCUUCUUGAACGACAAGAUGACAUCAACUACGAUGUAGAUGUUUUAGACGUCACAGCAAAGAGCAUGGGAUCAGUCAGUGCAGCCAGUAAUGACAACAGCACAAAUGACAACAACAACAACAUCUGCAACACCAUUGUGAAUGACACUAAGACAAAUCACAACAACAAUAUAGACAACAACAAUAACAGUGUGGAUAUAGCUGCAACAACGACGACAACAACAGCUUCUGCUACUGUUUCUGAUUUGCAAAUUGAAAGUGUUUUCCAAAGAUUAGCAGUUGACGACAGUUGCUACGACAACGAUGAAGCUCUUGGCAAUGUCAUCAUUACCAACACUAGUAGCGGUAGUAGUAGUAAUAGUGGUAGUAGUAGUAGUAGUGGUGGUGGUGGAUAUUGUAAUGCUGCUAAAGUCCUUACUAAUUACGUUAGUAAUAGCAUCGUAAUUGAUGGCCUGAACUAUAAUGACAUCAAUGUUUGUCCUGAUAGCAUUAACAAUAUCAACAUUGUUAAUGUCAUCAAUAAUAGUUAUAACUGUAGGGCGGUUGAUGAUACGAACAGUAGCAACAACAAGAGCAAUCUUGUUGACAGUAGUAUCAACAAUAACAUCAACAGUGUCAGUGAUAGCAUCAACGUUGAUGUAAUAGAUGUUGUUGACGUUCACGGUGACAUCAACAAAAACACUAACCAUUCCAUCGGCAACAUUAACAACAACAAACUAGACUACGACAACAAGGAUGAUGAUGAUAAAUGUGGAAAGAAUAAUGCAAACGAUGAUAAUGAAGAUGAUGAUGAUGAUGAAGAGGAUGAUGAUAUCCAUGUUGAUGAUGACAUCUCUGAUGAAAACAAUGUUAUCAAUCAUAUUUACGACCAUCGAACUAACAUUAAUGAUCAUUAUAACGCUAGGAACAAUAACAACAACAACAACAUCAGUGAGAAAAGUAAGGAUGAUGAUGAUGAUGAUAAUAAGAAUGAUAAUAACGAUGAUGAUAAUAACGAUAUCAUCAACAACAUUAAUGAGGAUGGUAACAAUAUUGAAAAACCAAAUAGAAAUAAGAUUAACAAUGAUAAUAAGAAUGAUGAGGACGAUGAAAAUGACGUUCACACAGUCAGCAAAAAUGAUAAUAAAACCGUCAAUGAUGAUGAGGGUGGUGGUGGAAAUAAUGGUGGAAAUGAUGAAGAUGAUGGUGUUUUGAACUUAGUCGUGGAAAGCAAAGGUAGCGCCAGUGAGUUGGAUAGAUAUCUGCCCAACAACACAGAAGGAGAUAGUAGUAUUAAUUAUAAUUAUUACAAUAAUUUCUAUUUCAACAAUAAUAAUAACAACAGUAACAACAACAAUGAUAACAAUAAUGUUAGUGAUAAUAUUAACGUCCAUCAUAAUAAUGGAGAUGAUGGUGAUGAUGAUAAAGAUGAUGAAGAAGUCAGUAGAGCCAAUAAUAGAGCUGGUACGAAAGCUCUAGAAAAAAAUAAAAUUGAUGAGGAUGAUGAUGAUUAUGGCAACGAUGAUGAGGAUGUUGGUGAUAAUGAUGGGAAGAAGAAGAAGAUUAGUGGUGAUGGCAAUUAUAAAAAUGAUAAUUUCAGUUUGGCUCUUCACUAUCAUCAACAACAACAACAUCAGCAGCAGCAACAACAUCACCAGCAGUACCAACAACAGCAGCAGCAGAUGUUAGAAUCUUCCUUUCAAAAAUGGCAACAACACCAGCAACAUUUGCACCCCUAUCACAACUUAUACCAACAACAACAACAUCUUUUUCAACAGGCCCAACAGCAGUUUUAUCAGCAACAACUUCAGCAUCGGGAGCAGCAACAACAUCAACCUUCAUCAACACACGCCACAACUGAUGACACAGUAACUACAACAACUCAGUCGUGGACACCAACAACAUCAUUUACAUCUUACACAGUUGCAACAACAUCUCUCCAGCAAGCACCUUCUUCUUCUUUCUCAAAUACAUUCUCCUCUUCCACAUCAUCAACCUCAUCUCUCUCCACUUCUGCAACCAUCAACAGAUCGCAUCUGAGUCCAACUUCAGAUUUCUACCAGAAAGAAACAGCGAAAACGAAAUCGAUGUGGCGGGAUAAAUACCUGGCAGAGGAUUCCGGAAUGAACUUCACCUCGUUCUCCAGUAUUUUCCGCUUAGAGCAGUGCAUCAACUCUAUAGCUUUCAAUCAGCAGCAACUAAACAAUAGCUGUGGAAGUAGUGGCGUUGGUAAUGGUGGUAGAAAGAAGGCGGAGAAGUUGAAACUGUCUGCUGAUGUGGCUAGAGAGUUGCAGUCAUUUAGGAUGAGUCUCAAAAUGCUUGGAAGUGCCGACACCAACAACAACAACACUGGCAUCAACAGUGGGACCAACAACAUCAACAGUAAUUACUCUAAUGAUAUGGCUAUGUACAACAGUUUUGAUGGCUACAGUCAGAGUAACUUGCCAAAUUAUCAGACACCUAAGAGUAGUAACAAAGUUGUGGAUGAUGAGAGCAAAACAGCAAAGUCACACAAGAAAAAAACCAGCAGAAAAGGUAAAAAGAGUAAGGAUUCAGAAUCUUUGCUGCAGGACGAAGCCCUGACUGCUACUACUGCUACCACACCCCAUGUUGAGGCUGCCAAAAAUUGUAGUAACGUCUCUCAAACGUCUCAGAAUGUUAUUCCAAGUAAGGACAUCGAUGGCGGUGAUAGUAAAAAGUCAAAAGCAAAGAAGUCAAGGUCAAGGAAAAAAUCGAAAAAUGAUAAUUCAGUAGAAACAUUAACCACAACAACACCUACAUCAGUAGUAGCAGCUGCAUUAGUACCUGCAACUAAUACCAAUGCAACUUCAGGCAUUGUUUAUAAUUACAACAACUCUUCAUUCCUAGACAACGGUAACAACAACAAUAACAUCAACGAUUGUAACAAUAUAGACAUUAACAUCGCCGUAACACCUGACGUUAUGUCUUGUCAAAGUGAAGUAGCUCCAACAUCGGGUCGUAACGUCAAAAAUAAAAAAUCGUCUUCAUCGUCGACGAGAAAGUCUUCCUGCAGCAGUAGGCGGAGUAAGAAGAAAUCAAAUAAAAAUGAUGGGAUCAGUCUCUCUACGAACGAUAAUAUAGGUGAUGCCGUCAAUAACAACGGUGACGUCAGUGAUAACAAUGGUGAUGGUGAUAACGUUAUCAGUGAUAGAAGGAUGAGUGAAAAUAUCAUUUAUAACAAAAGCAGCAGCAGUAGUGGUAGUAACAAGAUCAUUAAAACAUUCGAUUACAAUAAUUACAAUGACGACACUUUAGAUAACAACAACAACAGCAACAACAACAUUGAUCACAGCAGCAGCAACCUAGACAAAAGUGAAGCUAGCAAGAAAAAGAAGGACAGAAAGAGGUCAAAAAGGAAGAGCAGUAGGAGUCAAAAAUUAGGUCAGGGUCAUUCAGAGGAGGUCGAAUGUCAAGAUCAAGGAAAAAGUUUUUUGAAAUCUUCUGAAGUUGAAGCUGCUGAAAAAUUUAGCAGGAGGGUGAAGGAUGUUGAUUCCAAUGUGGAAAACAAUGUUGAUAUUUUUGGUAAUGACAAUAACAAAAACGAUAACGAUGAUGAUGAUGAUGAUAAUCUUAGUAAAGUUGGUACAGCUUCCGCUAUUUCUACUGCCAAUAUCACAAAGGGUGAUAAUGAUAACAAUAAUAACAAUAAUAAUAAUGAUAAUAAUUAUAAUGAUUAUAAUAAUACUGGUAAUAGCAACAGAAACUAUUAUGCAAAUUAUGAUGACGCAAAUUUUAACAUGGUCGGUCAUCACCAUUCAUCACGUCAUAUGUACCCUUCUAUCCUCAAUUGCGACGACAAUCAAAAUAACGUAGUUGCUGUUACUAAUAAUUACACUGCCACCACUACUACUACUACUACUUGUAAUAAUAAUAAUAAUAAUAUUAGUGCAAUUGAUGUUGUAGCAAAUGAUGUGAACACAAACACAUCUAAAGAUAGUAGAACAUCAAUGACAUCAACCAACAGUAAGAACAAUGCCAUCCCGUUUUUCUAUGAUCCCAGCAAGACUUACUUCUGUCUGACAUGUUCCUACAAGGUGAAAAGGAAAGGCCAGCUGAUGAAGCACCUCAUCAACAGCCACAACAUGUACAUAUGCACCCACUGCAAUUCCAACUUCGACAGUCGCGAGCAACUCAAUGGCCACUUAAUUUUAGUUCACCCGUCGAGAUUCGGCAGACGGCUAUGCAAACGAUGUCAUGGUUUGUUUAGGGUGCAGGAAGUGGAUGAGCAUGAAACGUCUUGUUCCGGUGAAAAACAGGGAUGGGCGUGUGACAUUUGUGGAAAAAAAUUUCGAUUUGUUUCAUUGUUGAAGAAUCACGUUGAUAAAGCUCACAAGGGCGUCGGUGAUGUUCAUUGCAAUGAUUCUGUUGAGGAGAUUGAAGAUGGUGGCAGCGCGGUUGAAGAGUCUCUCAUUAAAUCAGACUCUGAUAAUAAAAAGAAAAAUGAUGCAAAAGUAUCUGGCAUAAGUUCUGCCAAGUCCAAAAAAGUUUCAAAAAAAAGUAAAGGAAACCUGAAUUAUUUGGAUGACAAGGAAGAUGAAGCAAAAAAGGAAAAUGAUAAAAGUUCAUCAGUUUCUAAGAUGGCUGAUGAUGUUAACGAUACUAGGAAAUGCAUUCUCCAACAUGAGACAGACGUGUCUCCGCCUAUCAUUACCAUGAUUAAUGCAUCAUCAGCACCAAUGUCGUCUUCACCAUUUUCAUCAUCAUCACCACCUCCAUUGCCAUUGAACUCAUCUUUUUCUCCAUUCUCACCAAACUCAGCAACUCUUUCACCACUGCCAUCCUCACCCAAGCCUCCAAAGUUGCACAAGACAAAAAGCAUGAAGCCACAGAGUUUGGAAUCUUUCCAGAAGAAGCAGCAGCCCUCUCAACCGCCUCCUCCUCAACUCAUCCCCACAACCCCCAUGUACACUCCAUCUGGCAGGAAGAUCAAGUUCUUCCAGUGCGAACACUGCCCCAAAUUCUAUCGUUCCAUGCAGAGUUUGAAGAACCAUAAGCUCAAAAAUCACGUGAAUGAUGAUGGUAACAAUGUUAAAUCUCUCAAUAUUUCUGCGGCCGUUGAUGCGACUCCUCAUAUGUCUGCUGACAUCAACGCCGUUUCUAUUACUACAACCACUACUACUGCUACUACCGCCAAUACUAAUAAUAACAGUAAUGAUACAAUUGCUAACAACGAAAGCAGUUUCAACAACACCAGUUGCAUUGCUGCCGUGACUAACAGUAUUAACGCAUCAACAUCAAUCACUUAUGCUACCCCUGUGGCUACUGCAACUGUUGACGACGAUGAUGAUCACGUUCCUCCAGCUGAUGACAAGAUGAGUGGGAGUUAUUCAGUUCAUGAUAGGAGUGAUUCAAAUACUCUUAAUUCAUUCCUUGAGAAGAUUUGUCCAGGGGAUGUUGAUAACCUCCCAUUAUCAUCAUCAGUCGCUGAUAACAAAGUAACAGAUGAUAACUUGAAUAAUGAAAAUUAUGAUUUUGACUCAGUGAAGAUGAAUGAACAGGGCAAAGAUAUCACCCUAGCAGAACAACAGAAUAAAGUUGGCAGUAAAGACAAAAAGGUCAAAAAAAGAAGCAAAUCUUCCAAAAAAAAUUUAUCCAACAGCACUGAACAACUAUCAAUCUGCACUGACCAACUGACCAUGGCUGCUGCAAAUUCAUUAAGUUCUCCAGAGCCUGUCGGUCCAUAUCUUCCUGUGGUCACCACCCCUCCUCCAUCGUCUCAUCUCCCAUUGGCUGAUGGAUGGUUCCAAUGUUCCUAUGAGACUUGCUUGAAAAAGUUUAGAAAGUUGGAGCAGGUUCAAAAACAUGAAGAGAAACAUCCCAUUGAUAAAAUCUAUAAAUGUGACUGGCCUGGAUGUCGUAAGGCUUACAUACAUUAUGCAAACAUGUACAGCCACCGAAGUCACCAUAUCACUGCCAAACCAUUCAUCUGCCACGUCUGCUCGAAUGCUUACUGGCAAAAAUGUUCACUCAACAGUCACAAGGCUCGUGUUCAUGGCAUUAAAAAUAUUAUCAAUAACGUCUCUACUUCUGCUGCUGCUUCCAAAGACAAUGAAGAUGGUGACGAUGGUGCUAAUUUGAGUGAUUACGCCCAAAAUGAAGGCAGUGUUAAAGUUGAUGAGAAGAAGAUCAGUGAUGAGUCUCUUCCUGGCUCUGCUGCUUCCGUGAAGGAGAACGGUGACUCCCUCAACCAGACAAGACAAAGCAGCACCGUUAAGCCUAAAAAAUCGAGAAGUAAGAAGUCUAAGAAAUCGAUUGAGGUCAUUGAACAUGCAGAACCUGCUGUAGUAAAAGGGAUGGAUGAAUCUAUCAAGACAGCUGUUGUUGCUGGUCAGAAGGACGUCAUAUUGAAUGACGACGAUGAUGACUCUAAAACAAUUACAUCCUUGUCAUCAGAGCAUGCCAAUGACAUAUGUGCUACAACAGUUGAAACUCACAAUAAUUCUAACAAACAACUUUCAUUUGAAAACUUGUUGCCGGUAGAUACAGGCAGAAUUAGUGAUGACAAUGCUCCUGGAACUGAUCAAUCUAAAAACAACGAAGAAGAAAAUGCAAAAGAAUUAAAGAGUAGAAAUAAUAAAAGAAAAUAUAUUAGAAAAUCUAAGCAAACGGAUGAAAAAGCAAACUCUGUAAAAAGUAAAAAUAAAAAAUGCAAAAAAGCUAAACAGGAAAUGGUUGCUGAAUGUUUAAUGGGUGACAAACAGUUAGAUGUGCAACCUGUUCCCACUCUAAAUGACAGUUCUGACAAUACAGAAAUUCAAACAGCUGAAAACUUUGAAAAUAUUCAAGAAAUGCAUGAUGGGCAGGAUGAUGAUCAUUCUACCAUUGAACCAUCAGUUUCAGCAGUUAAAGAAAAACCUAAGCGAAGAACUAAGUGUCUGUUCAAUUCAACAAAACGCAGAAAAAACAAGAGGCAAAAGAAGGAAGACCUCAUAAUUGUUGACAUCCACGAUGAGUACGUCACACAAACUGAUUUCAAUUAUGCAAACGAAGAAAAUGCAAUGUUGGAAACUAUUGCUGAUGGUUCUGUUACUGUCUCAACAAUAAAAGUAACAAAGGAAUUUUUAACCGAAUCCGUUAAUGAAGUUUCAGACAAUUUUGCUGUCAACCACAUUAUUCCUCCUUUAGCCAAGAGUGAAGAUAAUGAAACUGGGAAAUUUAAAAAUAUUUAUGAGUUUAAUGAAAGCGAAAGUGAAACAACAGCCACAUUCAAAACAACAGAAAGCAAGCAGAAAGUGAAAAAGAAAAGAACCAAAUCCAAAGAAAAACCAAAAUCUACAAAAAGCCUGCAACCCACAUCUCCAUCGCAUCAUCAGUCGAUGGAGGUGGAAGAGAGCAUCAACGUGGACUUCCUACCUUCAAGAGAAGGAUUUGAACCGCAGAAAACCUACCUGGACAGGAAGAGAAACAACAGCAUGAGAAGCAACGAGGAAUCAAAUAAUCAUUUCUCAUCUGAAAGUGACAUUGACUUCAAAGAUUCCACCAGAACUAAAGCGAAAUUAAAGCGUAAAUUAAAAGCUGCAGAUCUCAGCAGGCGAGAGGAAAUAUCUAGCAAGAGAUUGAAAUCAAACGAGACUGAACAUCUCAACGUGAUUAAAAGUAAUUCAAAGACAACUGCUGCAGAUUCUUCGGAAUCCGAUCGUUGUGGAAAUGAAGGUAAUGUCAACCCGGCUAGUACUGUUGCAUCUCAAGACAAUUCAGAACAUAUGAGUGGUAAAAAAAUCGCAAAACGUCGUAAGAAUGAGGUCGAGGUUCUUCUGGAAGACACCCUUUCGAGACCAGCUGAGAAGCAUCCUCAAAACAAUCGAAUGAGCAGGAGGAACCAAUCAUUCAACUACGAGCCACACAGCAGUACUCGCCACAACUCAAAGAGUGAGGAAAAUAAAGAGGAUAAAAAUCAUUGCAAGAGUUCUGCUGCACCAGCACCUGCUUCUAAUAAACCUGAAAAUAAAAAAGCGGUUUCACAUAAAGUUCACGUCUCGACAGAAAAUUCUGAAGUCGAUGCAAGUAAAAUAAUUGAAGCUGACAAUGAUAAAAACGCAGACAACAUUUCGAACGUUAGUGACAGGCCAUCGUCUGUAAGCAAAUUAGCCAAAAGAAGAGCUGAGUUCACUCACGAAAGAUUUUCUAUUGAUGCGUCGGAUGUGAAAAAUGCUGCUAAGGAAAAAUUGUUAGAAAGUCUGCAAGCAAAUGAUGCGAACGAUGUAGAACGAGAGCCAUCGAGUGAAGUUGGUAGUAAAGUUGAUAGUUUUAAAAAUUAUUCGACGAUCAGCGGUUGUGAGGAGUUGGAGAAAGUACCAGCAAGUAGAGUUGAUGAAAAUAGCAAAACCAAUGUUGCUGUACCCAUGCAUAAUGACCCUGCAGGCUCUAUUCGUUCACUGACGGAAUCAUCUUCGUCUCCAACAUUUUCCAGUAGAAAUCUGAUUCUCAAACUGAAGAUCAAAGAAGUUACAAGAACUAAUCAGUCGGACCGCGAUGACAACAAAGUUGUUACUUUGAUGAAUGUAUCUAACCUGUCAGAAGUUAGUCAGCAGCAUGACGACGAUAACAGUGGUAACAAAUCUGGAGCAACUCUUCAAAACAGUUUACAAUUUGUCGUGGCUGACAGCACUUCCGAGCACCACAACGUGGAAGAUUACUUUGAAUCGUACAGACCCAGGAAUACAGCAGUUGAAUUUGAUGCCGACCCUAACGAGCCUACAAACAACACUGGCUCGACUGGGGAUAACGACAGCCAGCUCUCUCUCAUCGACUCUCUAGAAUAUCUCAGAAUAACUGAAAGUGUCAGACAAGUAGAUAGAGAAAUUGUCGCACCAGAUGAAAAUAAUGGCGGUUCAGAAAAUUGCGAGAAACAAUUGAGUAUAAACGCAGAUGAGGAUACGGCGACAUCUGGUGACCACAAAAUUAUAGAAAACAAAAUGGCAUGUGUACCUGACAAGAACUUGCACGACGAGAAUAUCAGCGAGAGUAAAGUUAGGAAAGCGGACACACCUGCUGGCAAUGAGGAAGAAGAUAAAAACAACGUCCAACCGAAUUACCAAGAGGGCAAUGAACUGGAAAUUGAGCGGUCUCAAAAUGAACUUUGUGGCUCCAAAUCCGAUAGCGAGGAUCAGCACUGUAAAGAUGCAUCCAGCAGGAAUAUUUUUGACAAAGAUGGAUACGGCAAUAAUUUCGACGAUAUGGACGAUAAUGAAGGAUAUCUGCGAUCUGUAGAACCGCCUGCGACAUGGAGAAAUUACGAAUACGACGAUAAUAAUGCGUACCAUCGCUCCUCUACGACGCACGAGAGUACGAAAGCAGACGAGGAGGAGUCAACGUCGAAUGUGAACAGUCUUCAGCUCAACUCAGAUGUUAACAUCGAUUACACUGAGGAUGGCGGCCAGCAGAGCAAGAAGUAUCACCUCUAUCACCGCAACUUAAAUCACUCUCCAGAAUCUUAUCUUGACAAAAUAUCCGUUGAUGACGAUAAUAAUAACAACAACAAUAAUAAUAGUAAUAAUAAUACUCACCAUGCUGCAGUAGACCACCAGCAGCAGCAACGUCUGCACCACGAGGAAUCAGAGCGCCAACAACGCAGCGUGUCCAAUGAUGACUCAGAAAGUAAUGUUAACAUCAACGACGACAUCGUCGUCAGCAGCAGAAGUCCAUGUCAAAAAGAUGAAAAUUUUGAUCUAGUUAAAUCUGAUAGCGAGGAAAAAAGUAAAAUUAAUAACGAUUACACUAUUAACAAAGACAUCGCAACAAAACAACUGGAAACUAAUUUGGAUCAUAGCGAGCAUUUUUCUCAUAAGCCACUACCUAAACACACACCAGACGUAUCAUACCAUCACAAACUUUCAGUGGAAAAUUUAGCCGACGGUCAAGGUUACUCGUCCAGCACAUCAAUCUUACAACAGCUGACAACAGCGCCAUCCUCAUCUUCUUCAUCCUCAUUAAUUCCGAGACCACCACCAACACCAUCUGCCAUUCCAACUUAUCCUGGCGAAUCUCAGAAGUACGAUCUUGCUUCGGACAAGAAAUUUCAUCCAUAUCCAAUGUCGAGCCUUGAAAGUUUAGCCUCAUUGGCUCCACCGAAUUCAAAUUAUUUUGAGAGUGAUAGAAGACUGCCGUCGAAUGACAGGUUGCAUUCCGAUGUUUCCCUGCACGCUCCACCUUUUCCAUCAAAUACUCCAUAUUCAAAUUUUCCUAAUUACGAAGCCAUUCUAUCAGCCAACAGACACAAGAGUUACCGCUACAACGACCGUCCAUUUGACGCUUCAAUAGCCGCUGCUUACGAGCGUCCUCAUCCAGAUUUUCACUACCCCCAACAUCCUUCUCCGUACUAUCACCACCACCCGAAUUUUGCCACGGACCCGAGAUUAUUCAGCCAGUUCUUACAGAGUGCAGACCCGGCAGCCAUCGACCACCAGCAGCGCUACUACGCCAGCCAACACGCGCAGAAUCCUGGAUUUGCAGAUUUUCAGAGAGGAAGUAGUGCAGCGAGUAGUGGCGGCACAAUGUUUCCAAUGGACGGCAGACGUAGUGGUGGAUUCCUGCCCGGAGGUUUGACUUCUGCUUCGUUCACGUCGCUACUUGCCGGAUCUCCUUAUCCCUCUUCUAUUCACGACUCCUACCUUUCUAGCAUCUACAGUCAACAAUCGUACAACAAUAACUUAAACAGCGCUGCUGUGGCUGGUAGUAGUAGUAGCAGCAGCAACAGCAAUAAGAAUGACCACUGGUCUCGUAACGAGAGGCCUUGGACAGCCGCACCACAAACCGAUCUCAGCCUCUACAAUCAGCAAUCGCAACAACCACAGCAGCCGCCACAACUUAAUACCAACAACAGCAACAACGCUGCUAAUAAUAACAACGGCAGCGUAGCUGGCGGGUCUCGCAAAACAUCAAUAUCCUCAAAUGAGUUCAAUAGUCCGAAUCACCAAAGUGUGACCAACACAGGCAGCAAGAAGAAUUCAUCGAGGAGCACCAAAAACCAGGACCAAACGUUUUAUCCAGCAAGCAACAGCAGCAACAGCACCAACAACAGAAGUAACAACAAUAAUAACAACAACAACUCGUACAACUAUAACAACAACAACAACACCAACAGUGCAAACAUGACAUCUCCGAGACCCAACCGCAACCUGGCGACACCGGGUCUCGUCAUUCCACCACCCCAUCCGCAGAAGAGACUCGAGGAAGCUUACAGACACGCAGCUGCCGCUAUGGGGACCUCUGAACAUCACGGGAAUCAGACACCAUCGGCCCAUCACUCCCCUUUCAUGCAGCAACCGCCGAUUACUCCGACGCCUGAUCCCUAUGUUGAUCCGGCGGCCGCAUUUUCCGGUUUCAAUCGCUAUUAUUACUCGGCUGCUAGAGACGCGGUAUAUAGAUCGCAGCAGCGACCACACACAGCCGCACUGCAGCAUCAACUCCAACAGCAACAGCAGUCAGCUCCUCUCAGUCCUUUUUCCAACGCUAUGAACUUCGCUAGCGGACUGGCCUCAUCAUCUGAUAAUUUCAAUCCGCAUGUCAAUGCAUCAACUACACCGAAUCUUCUCCCUGGAACCACAACCACAAAUAACAAUAACAACAUGAAUAAUAACAAUAACAGUAGUAACAAUAAUUAUCCUCAAGCGAAAACACCGGCUUUUUCUCACCACCACCACCACCAUCAUCAGCAGCAGCAACAACCACAACAAAACUUUCAUCCAAACGACAACAACAACAGUAGUAGCAAUUCCAAUACGAACAACGUCGGCAGGCAACAUCAAUCUUCCAACAAGUCCACCAACAAAUCGUACAACAACGCUAACAACAACAAUAACAACGCUAGUAACAACACUAACAGCAACAACAGUAGCAACAACGCCAACAAAAUCGCACUCCCCACAUCGUCAGGAGGAUUUCUGAACAGUAAUCCGCAAGAAUUUGAAAAUGCAGGCAAUCACAUCUCGUCUGAUCCUUAUAGACAGUCUGUCAUAUACAAUAUGAUGCCCAAGUACUUUUAA